AUGAGCUCCCCUUUUCUAUUCUCAGAUUCCGAGUCUGAAGGCGAGGCUCCGCACGCAAGUAGCUCGCAUGUGAGAGGGACACACGGGCACAGAAUGCAGUCUAUCAGAUUCUCUACAACCGUACCCCUGCAUCGCUGCCGCUUUCGACCCGGCGACCAGACGUCUGCCGAUCCCUACGUGCUCCAAAGACAAGAGAGCCUGUACGAGAAGGACAAAUUUGCGUAUGACUACGAUGCGCCCAAUUUCCAUGUACGCCAAAGCGUCAUCUACAUCGAUGCGAGCGACGCGAGUCCCGGGGGAAAUGCUCCCCAACCUCGCACCAUCGUCAAGAGGGGACUCAAUGCGACGAUUCAUUCCCAAGUGACGAUCCUCCCGGAGCAUGAUAAGACGAGACAGGAGUGGUACAGGAAAGUUGGCGAGCUCAUUGCAGCGGUGAUGUUCAAUAAGUUGCCGAAGAAUAGACAAGAUAGACCAUUCGUACUCGGGAGGUUCCCAACUGACAUGGUCUUCUUUCGGCGCGCAAAGACCCAUUCUGAUAAACCCGAGAGCCGUCUGAAGCCUCGAUCGGAUGCAUAUCUAAGAAGUACUACAGGUAUGAUAUUCCGGACGCCACAAGAGUUUGCGCGCCACGCGAUGUGGCUUAUGGACGGCCAACCUUCCGAUGCGACAGGACGCUCGCUCUGCUUAUGCAAGUUUUGCGAUCGCGUCGAAGAUCCCAGACGCCCUGGAAAGAGCUUACCCGGUCCGCAACGACCAAUUACGAAAGAUCUCUACCUUUUGGCCGGAUACUCUACUGCUGAAGCAGAGGUAUUCAGCCGCGAGGCCAGCGUGGAAGUCGAUGAAUUAAUAUUCGAGUGGUCGGAUUCAGAAUGA